CCCCACUCAUACUAACCUAACUAUCACAUAAAUAACUCUUGCUUCCCCUUCUCUACACACAGCACAUACACACACACACAUACACAUACACAUACACAUACACAUUCUACAACAAUCCAAACACAACAACCACCACUAGAAAUGACCACCACAACAACCACAGACUCGGGAAUCCCCAGCACCCCCCACCUCACCUACAUGACCCAAUGCCUCGCUCUCGCGCGCAAAGCCCCCGCCCUCCCAACCAACUUCCGCGUCGGCGCUCUCCUCCUCAGCCGAAGCAAAGCCGACACCACCCCCAACUACUCCUCCGACAUCCUGCUCUCAACCGGCUAUACAAUGGAACUAGCCGGUAACACGCACGCCGAACAAUGCUGUCUAUCCAAUUACGCAUCCGUGCACGGCGUACCUGACGAGCAGGUGCACAGUGUCCUCCCUCACGACGACCCUGAAAGGAAAUUGGUCAUGUAUGUGACUAUGGAGCCCUGUGGGAAAAGACUCUCGGGCAAUGCGCCGUGCGUGGAGCGGAUCAUCAAGACGAGACAGGGUGGGGAGGGACGGGGGAUACAGAAGGUGUAUUUUGGGGUGAAGGAGCCGGGCACGUUUGUGGGGCAGUCGGAGGGGGUGAGGAAAUUGGAGGAGGCGGGCGUGGAGUGGGAGGUUGUGCCGGGUUUGGAGAGGGAGAUUUUGGAGGUGGCGGUUGAGGGUCAUGAGAGGGAAAAGAGGGAGGAGGUGGUGGGGAGGGCGUUGGAGGGGGUGAAGACGGAUUUGGAUAAUGUUAGUGAGGAGGAGAGGAAGAGGCAGGAGAGGCAGCCGAGGAAUCCCAUGAAGAGGAUGAUGGAGGGGGAGACUAUGAUGUGAAUUUUUUCUCUUUGUGGGGGUGGGUUGGUUGGUUGUAUACUAGGGUUAGGUUGGGGUGGUGGG